AAGGUACACUGUAGGGCUUUGUGGUGUUCGAACUUGGCGAAUGUUAUAGAAGUAUAGGGCAGAAUCUCAUCCCUUUCACGGUCUUUUUUGCUAUUGUUAUUAUCGGCUAUACACCUGCAGUCCAGUCAUGUUUCUUUCCAUUUCGAGACGCACCCUAGUGGUACAUCUACGACCUUUUAGAGUCUGUGGUGCGCAGGGCUGCAGGGUGCAUGCUGGGAGUUGGAAUUCUGAUUACCGAGGAAGCUGAUGGAAUGUACUCGAGAAUUUUGAUCAAUAAAGUUUUAAAGAAAAAAAAAACCGGUGACGACAAAAGCUGGGCGUGGCACUGUGGAAGCGGAAGACAUGUGGGGCACCUUGGUGAUGGGUUCAAGAUGCGCUGCCCCCUGUGCCAUAUACUGAUUAGCCUGACUCUGCUGUGUAACAUCCUUCUACUCUACUACACAUGGCAUCUGCAGUUCCGCUCAUCAGGACGACAGACCCCAUUAUCUGCACUAUCUCCAGGCAUCACUGUAAUUGUAAGAGAGUUCCAGGAAUUUGAAAAUGGCCUUGCAGAGUUAAAUCAUUCCUUCCUUCGAGCUCGGCCUUCCCUUCGCAUUCUUAUUGCAUCCAACACUCCUCCUUACCCUCCAGUCCAAGGACUCCACAUUUUAAGGCUGCAUCCCUCUCCAGAGCAGUCAAGUUCCUCUCUCCGAUUGGAGUCCCAUAUACACACCCGCCUUGUAGCUCUUGUUCCAGAUGGCACUUCUUUGGACCCUCCAGAUCUGCUUGACAGGAUGGCACGGGAGUUGCGUGAUGCUUCACCAGGUGUGAAAAUUAUUGCUGCAGCUGCAGGCCAGGAAAUACAGUGUUUGUACCUUAAUGUAUCCAUGAAGCAAUGGACAGCUGUGUACAGGCCUGCAACAGCCAAAGAAACCUGCACGGCAGUUGUUGGAACUGCUGUGUUGCUGCUGCGUUCCCGUGACUUAUUUGAGCUGCCCUUUCCUCUCAUUCGACCCUUGCAGUUAGCCCUAUUUAUCCAGACUGCUUUGCGUGGCUGGGGUGUACAAGUGCUUAAGGAUGCCUCCUUUCCACGUACUACUAUGCCUGCUACAGACCAUGGACGCUGGAAGGCAGAACAGGCUGAGAAAAAGGAAGAGGCCCAAACCAUGAGGGCUCUAAAUAUGCGACUGGUCAAAGGCCUUGUUGGAGGGGAUCGAUGGUUUGGUUGCUCCAAGGACACCCAGCGUUGCUUUGGAACAGUGGUGGAGGGCACUCCUCAGUACCUAUAUAACAACCAAUGGACACCACCUUGUUGCCUUCGUGCACUGAGGACAACGACACACCAUGUCAUAAAGGUGUUGGAGGCAAGCGGGGUGCGAUAUUGGUUAGAGGGUGGGAGUCUGUUAGGGGCAGCCCGGAAUGGAGAUAUCAUUCCUUGGGACUAUGAUGUAGAUUUGGGCAUCUAUCUGGAAGAUGUGACAUUGUGUACAGAGCUGCGGGGGGCACAGUCAGGCUCACUAGUGGAUGCUGAAGGAUAUGUUUGGGAACGUGCAGUAGAAGGAGAUUUCUUUAGGGUGCAAUACAGCCAAAGCAAUCAUCUGCAUGUGGAUCUGUGGCCUUUCUAUCCCCGGGAUGGCGUUAUGACACGUGACUCGUGGACAGGGCAUCCACAGGAUGUAGAGUUCCCUGAGAGCUUUCUGCAGCCUCUGCAGACUCUGCCAUUUGCUGGUGGAUUUGCACAGGCCCCAAACCACCAUGUUCAGUUAUUACGCAUGAAGUUUGGUGAAAGGGUUAUUGAAGAGCCUGAGUACCCAAACCCAACCCUGCUUAGAAUGAGAGGGAGGUGAGACUGUGUUUUCCUAAAGAACUGAUGAGAUGCUGGGAGGCAAUAAAAAGGCUUAUAUGUAAUAGGUUUUAGGAAUCAUCAGUAAAUUUGGAUUUCAGCAAAUGUGAAAUGAAGGGUCAGAGGAAUGAGAUACAAACAUAUGAAACAAUUAAACAUGUAAAUAUGUAUAAAGUA